ACAUGGUUUGAGUAACCGUUUGUACAAAGUUCACAAAUGAAUAGAUUCCGAAGAAGUAAACGGACAUAUUCGGGUGAGUUGAAAAGCUGAUGCAUUGGCGUACUGCUUUGCAUUUUGCAGUUGUUUCGCUUUGUGCUGCAUCCGGGUUCAUUUUAUAUGGUGGGAGAUUGUUCUUCAUGUUGAGACGCUUCCCUAUCGAAUCCAGAGGUCGUCAAAAAAAGCUGCUUGAGGUUGGCUUCGUAACAGGGAUAUGUUGUGCUAGUUUCGUCAUAAGAUGCCUCAUGGUGAGCCAUGUUGGAUCAAAAAAUAAAAUUGUAAAUACUACAUAAACUUCUUUAUACAUAACAAGAGAUUGUUUCUAUUGGUUUCACUUUGCAGGUCACGGUCUCGGCCUUUGAUGAGGAUGCUGAUGUCGAUGUUAUAUACCAUCCCCUCCUAAACCUUAUCUACUACGUGGUACAUUUGAUUUCUGGAGUGUGCAACUCAUUCAU